AUGAGGGUGGACCCACCCGAUGGGGCGGCCACCGCGCCGGAGGCGGGGCCGCCGUCCGGCGGGGUCAAAGUGGCGGUGCCGCCGCUGGAGUCGGAGCCGGUGGCGGGGCUGCUGCAGAGGAUAUCGGAAGAGGGGGGAUUCGCCUUCGUGAGCUCAGCGGAGAAGGCGGCGGGAGGAGACCUCACGGCGGCGGAGGCCGCGAGGGAGAUGGCGUGGGAGCAGCUCCACUCCGGCCCCUGGCACAGCGUCGUCCCGGCGUGGAGGGACGCCUAUGCCCUGACGUGCCUCCUCGCAGCUGGGUUCCACGCCGCGGCCGGCGAGUUCCAGGAGGCUCUGAAGAUCCUCGACAUGGGCCUGAUCAUGGGAGGUAUGCUCCUUCGAAAGGAUCUCGAGGAAGCAGUGAGGAAGAUUGUAGGAAGGUCCCAGGGGGAAGAGAGAUCGAGCGGCGAGGCAUCCGUAAGUGAGCUGCGUCUGGGAGUUGACGAUGUGAAAGGCCAGAACCAAUCCGAGGUAAAUUUAGAGUGGUUAUUCUUCGAAAAUUAUCAUUUUUUCCAUAUUCUUUUAGGUCUAGCCGUAUCGAUUCAGUGGUGAACUUCUUUCUAUUGUUACAAUCUACCUAUGAUAGGUUAAAGAUCGUAAACAUUUCGACACCAUUGCUCGUCCGAUCCUAUUUCAUCCAUAUAAAGUUGUAGAACCAAACCAAACGCAUGAAUCUCCAGAAUUUGUGAAGAAAUCAAGGCGCCAAUGUGAUUGCAUCUUGAGCUCAUCCCACAUCAUGCCACAUCAAUAACCAUAGAAAUCCAGAAGGGCUUCAUCCAGACUAGACGAUAACCAUAUCUCCAUCAUUAGAAUCAUUAGAACCUCAUUGGUUGGUUAACAAUAUGAGUCGGUAUCUUUCGGCUGAUCUCCUCACUAACUUCUUGUGGACCUCUUAUUAGUUGUAGAUGGAUGAGCAAUUAAGUCAACUAUAGACCUGCUGGAGAUUUCAUCUGGGGCUACUGUAAAUCUGAUGUAUUUCGUUACUUCUUGUAAUCAAUCCCAUUAUUAUUAUGAGGAAAUAAAAUCAUGGACGGAUAAGCAAUGAAAGUCAAAGGUAUGUAAAAAAGGAGUACGACCAUUAAAUCUUACCUUGUCUCCAUAUCACUCCUAUUCCUCAAGGAAAUCUCCUUAUCUUAAUAUUAGAACAGUAUAUAAAAAACCAGUGCGACCAUUAAAUCUUACGUUGACUGUAUAUCAAUCCUAUUCCUCAAGGAAAUCUCUUUAUCUUAAUAUGAGAAAAACCAAACUCUUCACCUACAUUGGUUUUGAAGAUUUAAAACUUUAUGCUUCUUGGCAUUUUUAUCUGAGGUGAACAUCAUGCUCAUUGUUCCAUUCAUUGCUACAUUGUAUGUUCUUCCCUGUCCAUUCUUAGUUGAGAGUUAAAAAGUCAACCAUUUGAGAAAACCAAAUAAUGUGAUUCAAAUUUCUCACAAGUUCGUGUCCAUCACGUCCAUUCACAAAUGGGUUCUUAUGAAGAGUGUACUGUGUCUAUUGAUCACUCCGUAAGGAGCGCAAUGACUUAAUUCCGUCCUCAGCUUUCUCCAGUCUGUCAUCUGUUUGUCUUUUAGAAUUAAUUUUUUCAUGAAAAUAGGAGCACUUCCUCUUAUUGCAUGACUUAAAAGUUGAACCUUAUUUCUCAAGCAGACAGUGAUCAUGCAGUACCUCUUUUAGGACACAAACAUACAACUUGUUAUAUUUGCUAUGCACUUGAGUGUUUUUCAAGAGCAGGUAACUAGGUACGGAACAAACAUCAAGGGACCUAUUGUCAGGGUCUUUUUGAAACUCACUUUGAAAGCAGGCUAAGAAUUCGGCCAUUUGAUGUAUAUGCGAGUCUCAAUCCAUUAUUUUUCAUGAGAAAGUAGUAAGAAAGUGUGGUGUUGAGGUGUGGCCGACAAUAGAUUAGUUUAAUGGUCUAAUUAUCGGAUGUUGUAGUGUAAAAUAAUUGUUUACCUCCAUGCUAAUGAUGAUUGUAUUGUUGAUUCAUAGGUGCUUCAGGUCCUCCCAUCUGGAUCAUUGUCCUCUAGAAUGGUCGACAGACAGGUUUCCCUCUCUAUGGAGAGGUUUCUUUGUGACCAUUUUCUACUGGGAUCUCCGGUUAUAAUCACUGGAUGCAUUGACCACUGGCCUGCUCGGACAAAGUGGAAAGACAUUAGAUAUCUAAAGCAGGUUGCUGGUGAUAGAACAGUUCCUGUUGAGGUGACCAGCCUUUCCUUCAUUUUUUUUAUAUUUUCUUGUGGUGUUUUUUUGUGAAGAUUUUGCUUUUGGCCAUCAGCAAGUUGUCCUUCUGUCCUCUUAGAAUCUUAGAAUACUGUAACGUGGUUGACUAAUUUCUGUAAAGCCUGAAAAUGGUAAGCCAUAAGUGGGUUGUUUGAUGGGCGGUGAAUAAACCUACCUGGUGCAAGAGAGGAGCAAUUCAACGCUCACCAUUUUAGACCCAUUUUUUACCUGAUUGCAACUUAUCAUCUUGAGUCAGGGGCGAUGGAAAAAGCCAUAAGACAUGGUUUGAUGGGCUUUCAAGUGUUAUGUCCUCGAUGCUUGUAGUACUGUCAACCUUUGACGCACAAAAUGGGUAAUUUUUCUUCAAAGGUCAUCACACUUAGUAAGUUAACCCUUGCAUUUAUCCAUUCAGUGUAAAAGUGCAUUAAUGAUUCAUUUCUAUUGUCUUCCAGCGACAUAAUAUAUAUAUAUAUAUUAUAUAAAUGAUAUCUCAUAUAUGUUGCGUUACAUAAGUUGCAUUUUUAUUUUUUAUUCAGUAUAAGUGCUGAUUUCAUGCAUAUUUAUGAAAGAAUGCUACAUAUUUUAUGCAGUAAGCCUGAUGUUACUCAAAAAAGAAAAGUAAUAGCAUCAUCACAGAGUUCUUAUGUGCUGUGGAAAUCGCUCUUCGUUUGAAAGCUCAGGAUCAGAAACUGUAAGUUUCUUGUGUGUUGCAGGUUGGAAAGAAUUACUUAUCCGAUGAGUGGAAACAAGAGCUUAUCACUUUCUCUGAGUUUCUCGAGAGGAUCCUAUCUUCAGAGAGCUGUAAGGCGAACCUCACAUACCUCGCACAACACCCAUUAUUUGAACAGGUAUCGUCAUCCUUGUCCUCCUAGCUUCUCUUGAUUGAAGCUCCUAGUCCUGCCCACACCAGCUCGUUGUAGACCAGAAAGCCUUACCUGAAGCAUACCUGAGUAGGCCAACUCUGCUCCUCUGCCACGUAGGAAUUCCUCUGUGCCCAUGUGUCCCCUCCUCCCGAAAGUGGGGCCCAGUACAAAUCCAGUCACUGCGCUCAUCGCUGUUGGUUACGAGUUUGGUGAUAUUUUCAGGUCCAAGAGCUGAGAAAUGACAUAAUGGUUCCCGAUUACUGUUUCACUGGCGGAGGCGAGAUCCAGUCUAUCAAUGCUUGGUUUGGUCCUGCUGGGACUGUGACUCCUUUGCAUCACGAUCCGCAUCAUAAUCUUCUUGCCCAGGUACAUAAUCUUCUUCAUAGGUAGUUUGAUUAAAAUAGUCCCAUACCGCCAAUUAUGUGAUUAAAAUCAUGCCCAGAUGUAGAAGUAGGUAUCUAUUUUGUUGAGAUUAAAGCGGAUAAUAGCAACUGAGGUCAGAGCAUGUGAUCUCCAUUUAAAUUUCCUAAUUUUUAUUUAUUUACUUGGUUGAAUUUCUAUGCUGGAGGACCUACCUGUGGUUGCUGAUUUCUUUGACGUUAUGGAUUUGAAAAUUUUCAGGUCGUUGGAAGGAAGUAUGUAAGGCUUUAUCCGGCUUCCAUUUCUGCUGAGCUGUACCCUUAUACGGAGACAAUGCUAAGCAAUUCCAGCCAGGUACCUCUCUCUCUCUCUCUCUCUCCUCUCUCUCCUCUCUCUCUCACACAUACACACACACAUAUCUGGAAUUCCAUCUCAUAAAACUAUCCCCAACCAUCGGUGGGGAGGGAACAGAAAUGAGCCUCUGAGACAGUCGUGUGCCUGCAGGUGGAUCUUGACGACGUUGACCCACAGAGGUUCCCAAAUGUUCAGGCCCUCCAGUUUGUGGACUGCAUCUUGGAGGAAGGCGAGGCGCUCUACAUCCCUCCCAAGUGGUGGCACUACGUGAGAUCCCUAACACCCAGCUUCUCCGUUAGCUUCUGGUGGGCCACCUCUACCCAGCCCAUUGCACCGACCCGCCCAUAG